CUCCAAGCCGAAUUACCAACACCAAACAGCUCCAGGGAGUUGGAGCAGGCAUGCGCGCACCUACACUAGGAUCAAAGUCAGAAUCAGAGAGUGGCAGUGAAGGUGAGAGGCUACAUGUUGAUGUUGACUGUCGAAUAAAACACCAGCACCAGCACUGGAGUCCAAUACAUUGACAUCCACAUGGCACUUCGUGGCUGAUGCUGAUUCGACGGGUUUACUUAUAUACCAUACCGCGUUCCCAGUUCCCAGUUGAGUAAACGGUAUCAACCUAGUUAAGUCCGCGUAACCAUCCACAUCCAUAUCCACUUUUUAUAAAUAAUAAUAAUAAUAAUAAUACGAUAUGUGUUAGCGUUAUUGCCAUCGUCAGCAAACAUGUUAUUGUGAUAACACUUUUUUUUCAGUAACAUUAAGCACGUUCGCUGAUAAAUUAUUUCAUUUCAAUUUUUUUACCUUAAAAAAGAUCAUUGAAACAUUAACCGGCUUCUUUUUAAUAUCUUCGUUACUUUUCUUCUCAAAUAAAAUAUUAUUAUUAUUGAUAAUAACAUCAGUAAAAGGCAUUAGAUUAAAAAUAUUAAAAUAAACAAUAAAAGUUUAUUUUUAUUUAAAACUAUCUGUGCUUUUAUUGAUAUUAAGAUUAAAAAGCUAUUAGAGUGACAUGAAGUCGUGUUUGCUGAUAUUUAUCAUUGCCACCGUGGCAAUUGGAUUGGUUAAUGCUGAAGAUUGCAGAGGAUGUGUUCCUUUGGACUCUGCAACAUUUGAUAAAGUAAUCAGCAAAUUUAAGGCUGCGAUAGUUAAAUUCGACGUGGCAUUUCCAUUUGGAAAUAUGCAUGAUGAAUAUGGAACUGUCGCUGAAACUACUAAGGAUGUUCAAGAUUUGCUAGUGGCGAUCGUUGGAGUAAAAGAUUUUGGAAAUAGAGACAACGGAGAUUUGGCAAAAAGGUUCAAUAUUGAUAAGAAAGAUUUCCCAGUAGUACUGUUGUUCCAGGAAGGACAAACUAAACCCGUGAGGUUACUGACCAAGGCAGAUGAAAAUGAGUUCACGUCUACAAAUAUUAAAAAAAUGGUCAGAGCUAAGACUGGAAUUUAUUUAGGCCUACCUGGGUGUGUUGAGCAACUGGAUAAACUCGCUGAAGAGUUUAAGACAGCUGAUGAAGCUAAAAGAAAAGAAAUUUUAAGCCAGGCUAAAAAUUUGGAGAAAACUCUUCCAGAAGAGCAAAAACUCGCCGCUAAAGUCUAUAUGAAGAUGAUGGAUAAGAUAAUGGAGAAAGGCGAUGAGUUUGUAAAGUCUGAACACACGAGAAUAAACGGGUUGCUUAAGAAGAAACUGUCUGAUGAUAAAAAACGGACAAUGGAAGAGAAGAAAAAUAUUCUUCAGUCUUUUUCGCCUAGAGAUGAAUUAUAAAUUGUUUGAUUGGUUUUUGAAUCUUUAACAAAUAUCUAUGAUUUGUAAUUAAUAUAUUAUUUUGUGAUGAACUUUUAUUAAAGUUCCAAGGGAUUCCAUUUUUUUUUUAAAUAUAUAUUUAUAUAUUUAUAAAUUAUAAUAAUGAGCACAAGGCUGAUGUUUGAAAAUCCAAUAUCUUCUACAUCGUAAUUACAAUAAUUAUAUAUAUUAUUUCUAUAACGAUUGAAGUGUGGUUUUUAAUAGCAAAAGCACUUGAAUCGAUAUCAAAUUUUUCACUGUCGUAAUGGACUGAACGUCAAGAAAAUUAAAAAAAAAAAUAUAUAUAUAUAAAAUUAGGCUGGUAAGGAUUAAAA